AUGCUCUUGCGAAACGUCCACCGGCUGGCCCUGCUGGUCGGCCUGGCGCUCGUCCUGCUCUACGCAGCGUCGCACUACGGCGGUCUGUCGACUCGCAGCUGGUCAGACGCAUCCAAGCUGCAGUGGCCGAAGCCAGACUCCAAGCCCAAGAAGCUGGCCAAGGGCAACGCCGACCAGCACGACGACGACGAUGGCGCACACGGCUCGCAAUGGGCGGCGGCGUCGCCUGAAGACGGCAAGAGCAUGACGCCGAGCGACUUUACCGGCUCUCAGCAGCAGCCGCCGCUGCAGCAUCAAGAGGUCUUUUCCGUGUCGACGCCCGACAAGAAGUUCUUGCGCAUCGACUUUGGCGGCAUCAGCGCCUUCAACCCCAACAUCCUGCCGCACCCCGACGCCGACGACAUCUGGGUCGUCGUGGCCCAACAGGUCAACGAGCAGCCGUCAAUCGAGUUCAAGGAGGUGCAUUGCGAGGCCAUCGUGUGGGAUGGCGCCCUCCGCUGCCGCGCGCCUCCCGCGCCGCUGCCCGUCCCGCCCACGCAGGGCGGCAAAUGCGAGGGCGAUCUCGAGUACUUCAACCUCAACAUUGGGCCGCACGACGCCCGCGUCCUGUUCGGUCCCGAGCAGCCCUACAUCACCUUUGGGUCCAACUCUAGGUUCACCUGCUUCGGCCAGUUCGUCCAGAACUUUGCCGGCCUGAUCGGUUGGAACGGCGACAAGCCCGUCCCCGCGUUCGACUUCCGCAACGCCACCGAGCUGCAGCGCCCAGCGCCCUACGGCAAGAUGGAAAAGAACUUCUUCAUGUUCUGGGACAACCAGGGGCAAAAGUACGUCCACCAGGACAUCUACCCUGCGCGCGUCUUCACGGAGCUCCGUGACGACGGGUCGGUCGGGCCGGACCUGGCCGCGCGCGCCGGCGCCCGCGACUCCAAGUGCAUCGCCAAGUACAUGCCGCGACCGGCGCCGAAGCUCGAGUCGAUCCACCAGGCGACCAACUCGCUCAAAGUGACCAUGUGCCGCAAGGCGGACGCGGGGUGCGCGGCCACCGACGACAACACCUUCAUCUUCACCAUCUACCAGCACAAAACAUACUACAAUUUCCACAGCGUCUACGAGCCGUACCUGAUGGUGUUUGAGCAAAAGGCGCCGUUCCGCAUUCACGCCAUGUCCAAGCGGCCGCUGUGGAUCUCGGGUCGCGAGCGGCACGAGGCCACCAACACGUCCGACAUGUUCUACGUGACGUCGAUGGCCUGGAAGAGCCGUGCGAGGCGCUACAGCGGAUUCCUCGACGAUGAGCUGUUCCUGGGCUUUGGCAUCGAGGACAACAAGGCCGGCGCCAUCGACGUCCUCGCGGGCGAGCUGCUGGGCGACCUGGGCCUGUGCGACGGCGUCUAG